AUGUGCGCAUGUUUUGUUCGCCUGAGCCGUACAUUGAAGGAAGCGCAGUCCAUUCUAGGUGGUCUUGAUGAGAACGAGGAUGCAUCGGUAUUGGACACGCGUCGCGCUGAAUUGCUGAAGCGUAUUCGUCGUUUGGGAUUUUUGCUUUCUACUGGGAAACAGUGCCUGGCAGCGGAGGAACAUUUGUGCGAUGAGGCUGCUGCGAGUAUUGUGCGUUCCGCAGAGGAAUUUUUGACGAAGUUUGUUUCAACCCACAACCAACAGUGCUUCAUUCCUGUAGCGUCUGUGGGUUUAGUUUGCCGCCAGCGCUGGCCCACGCGGCCGUUUGCUGUGAGUGAACCGUUUCUUGUUCACGAGGACUCGCGCGGCGUUAGUGUUGCUGCCCGCGUCUUGGCGUGCGCGUACCACCGCGACGAACCAUCCACGCCACGAGCUGCAGCACCGUAUGAGCGCAAGUGUGCUGCUGCUGCGGCUGCUGCUGCUUGUGGUGUUGUGACGGGUGUGCAUGGCUCCAAGGCCCCCAUACUUUCUGCGACGGAGUCGGUGCAUGAGCAGGUAAUGGAGGACAUACGAGGGGCUAUUAAGAGUAUGAAGGAAGGUGCCAUUCGAAUGAGUGACUUGAUACAGGAGGAGCGUGAACGACUGGAUGCGAAUGCGGAGCUGCUGCAGCGAGGCGUCGAUGGGGCCACUGCAGAAUCCAAGCAGAUGGAUCGACUGGGAAUUGCAUUCGGUGGUGGGUCGUCGCUCCCGCGUCUCCUCAGUGGCGUGCCCGGUGCGGGAAUGUUUUGGCAUGCGGUUGUGGUACCGGUCUGGGCAGUAAUACGGCAGGCUUUCUUCUUGUGUGUCAUUGUGGCGCUCACGGGCGGCGUGCUGCUGUUGAUGCUGACAGCACCCAAGACGUACGCAUACGCGCGCUAG